UGCAAAAUUUUAAUCUAAAUCGUUCAAUGUUCCUGCGUACGCAUGUGUAUGGUGAACAAUGCCUUCGAAAACCAAACAAAAAUCUUUGGCAAACCUUUACACGGUCACCGGCAGAAUUUCAAUGAUAAUUAUUAUUGAAACAAACUACUUGGCUAUCGAUUUUUAUUUUCAUUCUGAUCAAAUCUGUUGUCAUCUAUGGCCUCAAGAUGUCCCACAAAACUUGCCGGAGAUGCUACUGAUGAUGCCGAAUCUGUUAAGAACAUACCCAAUAGUCACUGGUGCCUUGCUUAGCUUCUUGACUUGGCACAUCAUGUACCUGGACAGCGCAGUUCCUGGAAUCAACCCUCCCACCCCACUCUCACCAGUCAAGUACAGAGAGAUAUCUGGUGCUGAUUUCCACAUCAAUUACGUGUUUGCACUCCUGGUGGGGCCGUUGGCGACAGCACUACUCUACAUGGGCUGGGUUUGAGUCGUCUAUUUCCUUAUUUAUUUAUCAAUGGUAGUUCCUUCAUGCUGCGGUGAAGGGGUUAAUUCAGUGCUAAACAUGCACGUGCUUUAUCUUUACGAAAGGUUUUCAAAUAAUUUUGAAACAACUGUAUUAAGCAUUAUUUUGACUUAGUAAUAAUGUUCUAAACAUUGUUAUAUAUUGAUCUAAUAUAUUUGAAGUAAUCUCUAAAGAUAUUUUCAAACCUUCUUUACUAUUUUCCAAGACCAAAAAGUUUUUCUUGUAUUUUUGCAUGAAAGCUCUGUGCUGGUAAUCUCCAUUAAAAAAAUGAGACUAUUCUUAAUAGUGGAUUAUGCCUAUUUAUUGUUUUUGUAAGUGAAAUAAAUAGUUACAUAUAAAUGUUAACAUGAUACCAGGCAUUUCCUAUGUUGGUUAAUAUGGAAAACAACUUUUAGGCCUAACAUAUAUUCUUUUGGUUCUCAAACUAUUUCACUGAACUGGUGAAUAAGCUACACAGUUAGCCUAUAUUAUCAAGUAGUGCAAUGGCCUAUAUUUUUGUAUUACUCGUAGUUCCUUGUGAUAUAUUCCCACUGUACAUAGUUACCUUUAUAUAUUUAUUAUAUAUUAAAUGCAGUUUAGGAUUUAAUAUUGUAAAUAUUGCAUUUUCAAUGUUUCUGUAAUAAGAAUAGUUUAUUUAUGAAUACAUAGUUUUGCCAAUUAAUAUUGUUAUAUAUAUUGCUAUUUAUAAAUGUACUAAAUCAAAUCUCUACUUUUUAUCUAUUCAUAUUUUUCAGUCUAAUUAUAUUUGUAAAAUUACAGUAUGUGAUAGAAUUUAAGCAGAAUUGAGUGCAAUCACAUGAAAAUGUCAAAUCUAUAUUUAUCUAAGAGUAGUAUUUUAUUUUUAUUUACAUUCUAAAAUCAUUAGGUAAACCAUAUCAUUAAAUCCCAACUUUAAGAGUCUGAUUUACGAAGUGUAUUAAAAUUAAGAUUCCUUGUACACAGUAAAAUAUGGUAAUGAUACUUACAAAUAUUGUUUAUAUUUAUACCGUACAUCAGUUGAGGUUCCUGUUGCAGGCUUUUCAUACUUGUACAUAUCGGUGUCAUCACUUUGUUCCUACAGGUUGCAAGUUUGUCUUGUCGAUGGUUACUUUAAUCUGAUAUUUUGAGAUUUGCAUCUGUGGAUAGGUGUAUUAGGCUGAACAAUGCUUUCAGCUUUUGUGAGCUCUGUAAGCAAACAUGUUAAAACAAAUUGUGCUAUUGUGUUGAACUACCAACUUUUUUAUCUAAAUUCAGAUAAUUUCUUGAUCAAAAGUUUAUGUGAAAAUAGAUGUUUUCCGGCCAUAGUUCAUGAACAUAACUUUUGAGUAACAAUAUCAGAAGGAUCACCAUGAUUUCUACUUUUCUGAGUGUAAUAUUUUAACCUAGAGUUUAGUUUUGCAACUGAACACACAUUCCUUCUUCCUUGUGAAUAGUUUUAAGAAGUUUAGUCAACUCUUUUAUUAAUUAGUAUCCAAAUGACUUUCUGUCAUAACAAUAAUAAUAGUGGUACUCUUUGACGGGUGUUUUUUCAUUUUAAAUGUGUGAACAGAAAUGUCAGAACAAAUAAUAUUCCUUUAAUUAUACAAUUUAAUUAUUUCUACAAUUGUACUGAAUGUUUUAAUAAUUCAAUUAUCUAUUGUAUGAGAAAUUUGAAUUCUGUUAGUCUUUCAUACAAUUAUAUCAAUAAAGAAGACUGUAAUGAUAAUAUAAUUUGUAGCCUCCAUUAAGUCAUAGUAAUUUAACUAAAAAAAACCGGGUUUCUUGAGUUUAAACUGCAUUAUAGUGCUCGUAACUUAAGAUACAUCAAACUUAAAAACAAGAUACGUUUCUAGAUUAAAAAAGGACAAGUUGCUUGACUUUUCAAGUUUUCAAAAAAGUUUUUAUUUUUUCAAGAAUAAACACUUAAUGAAAGUAGUAAUCAAUUUAGAGUGUACAAUUUGAGGUCGUCAGAAAACCACUCAAACUAAUGGUUUUGUCUUAUGUUUUAUUUAUAAAAUUUAAUUUGAAUAAAAAAUCUUUGGAAUGUGAUGAGAUAUGCGGAUCAUACCAAUUUAUAACAUUAAAAAUGCAGGAAAAUUGAGAUAAUUUGAAAAAAGUGUCUUUUGACAAGUGUGACUAUAGUAAUGACUAAAGUACAAUAAGAAAUUUGAUAAUUCUGUAAUUUUUAAAAGAAUCUAAUGCUGUUUAAUAGAUGCACACUUGUACAGUACCUGUUUUUCAUGAUUGCAGAAACUACAGUUAAAAAAAAACCCAAUUUUUAAUUUUUAAUUAAUUUAUUUUUUGGAUUAUUGCAGAACAGAUAUAAAAUAUAUGUUUUUUUGUUCAUGACAUGUGAAGUACAAGUUUGAGGAAAGAAUUUCAAUAAUUAUUUACAAUUUUUUUGAACUGAGACAAAUUCUGGACUUAAAUUAUUUGCGAGAAUCAUUAAUCUGUGUAAUGAUGGUAAUGAAUUGCCUGUUCAAUGGUCUGUGAAUUAACACUGUCAUGUAAUUUCACAUCAUUAAGCUAAUUGUCUAAUGCAGCAAGGCUUAAUAUUAUUCUCUCCAAGAUAAGACAAGGUUACUCUUUUGUUAUUUUUCUUCAAAAGAAUUGUAACAGUCAUCACUUCAGAAUAUAUUUUUUUAUAUUUUGGUGAUUGCCCUUUAUGUAUUAAUACGGUUAGCAUUCUAAUUUGUACUUUAAAGUUGAUUCAGAAUUCUGGAAAAUAAUGCUUCAAAAAAUAUUAAAAACAAUAUUAAAAUUAAUGUUGAUAUAAAUAUUAAAGUUUUUAUUGGAGUUCAUUCCAAUUCUGAAGAAAUUGAACUCCUGUAACAUAUGUAAUGAUACUUAUUUCAUUACUUUAUCAAUAACACUCUUUGUUUUGCUGGUCUUUCUUUUCCUCGUAAAAUAACACUUAUUAUUUUGUUUAGUUUUUAUGUUACCUAUAAGUUAUGGUGUAUACACAAUAUUUCCUAUCACAUUUAACAUGCUAAUAGCUGGUGUAAAAUGAAUAUCUUAUAUCCAUUACUAACGUUUUGUCAAGGUUUAGCAAAUGCUUCAUGUACAAUUCGCAUUCUGAACAGCUAAACAUUCUCAUACUUCAAAAACUAAUUUGAAUUAAGCUAUCUGGCAAUACCAAAAUAUAAACAUGAACAUCGGUAGUUUCCUGAUCCAAAACAUUUUCCUAAUAUUUUCUAAGAAUCUUAAAGGCAUCGGUUUUAGUACAUACAGAUGUUGAUUGUAUGUAUCGUGUAUGAUGCGUUUAUGUGUGAGUCAUCACGUUUCUGAACAAAUAAUCUUAGUAAUGAAAUCCUAAAAAUAAGGAUAAAUGUCUCACAUUAUUAUUUUAGCUAGAACCAUAUUAUAACAUUCAAGUAGGAGGCCACAAAAACGUAAUCAAGAUGUUUCUUCGAUUUUUUUCUUGCAUGUGAGCUGAAAGAUGUAUGUAAUAACAAUAAUGACUGAACAAUGCUUGGAUAUUGUUGUGUUUUAUUGUAACUUUAUGUUCAUUACUCAUCCAUAAUUUAAAUAUAAGUUGUAAUUUCUAAAGCUGCUCAUGUCCAGGAUGUUUUGAUAUUAAUUUGCAGUUCCGUCACAUCUCUGAAAAACAACGGGAGUAACUAGUUUAGUCACGUAAUUUCUCAGCAUGCCCUCUUGUUUUGCUUACAGCUCCUUCAUGUUGUCGAGUUGUUAUUGAACUUUUAUUGCAUUAGAAAUUUUUAUUUUUAUCAUGAAAAAAGUCAUCUCAUAUUUCAUAGUGAUAAUUGUUGUGCUUGAGUUGUUAAAUAAUUAUAAUAACUUGGUGUUCCGCAGUUACAAUGUCUUUUUAGCAAAAAGAUUUUUCAACAUUUUUAGAUUCACAAUAUAAUAAUGUGUAAAUAAGCGUUGUGUGGGGUACAGUAUGUUAACGUUUAUGGAAACUUUCAAAGAACAGUUCCAAAUAAGUUUUAACUUCAAAAGUAUAUUCAAAAUACAAAACAAGGAAUGAGCAGCUUCAAAUAUAGACUUAGCAGUAUUACAUUGAACAAAUACUAUUCCUAUACAAACAAAACGUUUUUGGGUUUUGAAUAAUUUUAAUUGAUUCAAUAAUGCCUUCAACUACUUGUAAAUCUUGAACCUCCAUUACUUUUUAGAUAAUGUUUUAAUUGUUUACAUGCAAAUUGUUAAUUUAAUUUUCAUAAUAAUUUGCAUGUUUUUUUUACCUUUUAAUACUAAUAUUGGUACUUAGCUUUUUAAGUUGGAGUCUUAUGGUUGAUCUGUAUGUGAUUAUUAUUUUGCUAUUUAUUUAUUGUUAUAUUAUUAUUAUUAUUGUGUUAUUUUGUUCAUAGUUUACUUGAUCUUACCUGUUUAUAGACUGUAAAUCCCACCUUUAUUAGUUCUACUUUUAAUUGCAUUUUAGUUGCACAAAAUAAUUGCUAUAUGCUAUUGCAUCUUUCUGCAAUAUGUACUGUGCAAAUCGCUAGCUUUAUGUAGUAUUUUUAGAUAUAAAUUUAUUUAUUUAGACUGUAUAUACUAAAUAUAAACUGAUAAUAAUCUCCACCAUUCUGCAUUAUUUGCUAGAGAUUGUAUUCCGUUAUGUGAACAAUGAAAUAAUUUAGAACAUUUAUGGAAGUGAUAAAACGUUGUAUUUUAUUAAAUCGGAAUAUAGAAAUGUUUAUGUAUAAUAGUGACAUAUUUUGUAGCAAUUAGUAAUAUGAAUUAGGUUUCUGAAAAGAUCUUUUAACUAAUGUCUACGUUAUAGUAAAAGUACUUCAUAUCUUAAUAAAAGUGCCAUUAUCUGCAAAGAUGUAUUAAUAACAACCUGUACAUUUGUUAAUGUAAUAAACUGUACACGUUAACAAAGAAACACCAUUUGAAGUUUUUUACAGGUUUAUAUCAAGAAUUUAAACUUCUAUCAUUACUUAAUAUUCAUAUAACACCCCAGCUGUUAUUGGUAAACAUUACAAGACUUUCUCUAAAAGUAGUGAAACCUACGUAGGUGUAAAGUUAUUUUGCGUUCAUUGACUCUGUAAAAUUUUUACGCUCUUUAUGUUUAUAUAUUUUUUAUGUCAGACCUGUAAUACAAAAUAUCCUGAGUUUUUUUUUAGCUCACUCACAAUUUUAUUACAAAUAACUUUAAGUGCAAACAAAUUUUUUCACAUUUUGAUUACAUAGUGUGGUAGUAAAAAAAUUAUGAAUGUUUUGUCUUAUGAAGAUUCAUGAAUGUUGGGAUUGAAAGAAUUCGUAUUUUAUUGUUCUAUAACACUAACUGAUAAAAAUUGGGACCUAAGCUUUGGUGGGAGGGUAGGUAUUCAAUAAUAUGUGCUUUAAAAAUAUGGUAAGGGAUAUCGGUUUAUGCUUCAAUAUUGUAAUUUUUGUUGAUAAUGUUUAAAAUUUGAGUAGCAAAAUGAAAAUAAUGUCAUGUCACUUUAUAUUUUAAUUUCCUAACAGCCUUUAUUAUCUUAACUUGCCUUGGAUAUGUUUUACUAAAUAAGAUUAAGUCAUGAUUUAUCUUGUUGCGCAAAAAAUACUUGUUAUUCAAUGAGUGUUGCAUCUAAACAGCAGAGAAGUUACUAGAACUCCACACCUAGUAUCUUGUGUUCCUUCUAGAUGACGUAUGCGUGAUCAACUGCUUCUAUUGAGCAGUUGGCAAGUAACAGUUGAUAUUUUUGGCAAUAUACUAGGCACGAGUUUCACUUUAUUAUAAGGUAGAUUUAUUUGUUGCUCUAAUACUGUUUAGUACUGUACAGGUUGUCUGUAAAUUAUACCAAGCAACACGAUUUUCGUGAGUAAAUAUGGAAAUAUAUUAUAAUAAAUCCUAGAAACACCUAAAAGAGUAAAAUUUCUGUUAUGUUGUAACAAAAUUAGGUAGCUAACAAUUCAGGCCUGUACACAAUAAUUAUCAAAUAAAAAACUACUUUUUAUAUCAAUUAUUAAAAAAAUGUCAAUUGGCUGUUGUGAGAUUAAGCCCACAAACCAUAUUAAAAAAUAUUGAAACAGUUUAUAUCAAGUAUUAUAAUAGUAUAUUUUUAGAAUGGUUAUACCAUGUGACAUUCUUCCAAGAUUUAUUCUAAUAUAAUUUGUAUUGUUGUUCAAAAUAAACUUAGUACAAAGUUAUUUUAUUAGUUGAACUUUCAAUGUAGACUCCUUUGAACAAAUUAUAUUUUAGUUUCCAAACACAUUUUACAGUGUUUAUACUCUGUGGUGAUUCAUAUUCAGAUUUUAACCAUCAAUAAAGGUUUCAUUCAAGUCUACUUAAGAUACAAUGCAAAAUACGUGACAUCAACCUUGGUUGUAUGUGUUAAAUACUUUGUAUGUAGCAUUUUAUUCUAUCAUUACAACAACAAUAACGAUUAAUACUGAAUCUAUUUUGUAUUUUUUGUUGUACCAAAACUUUAUAUCAAUAAAUAUUUAAAACUAUGA